AUGGCCGAAACCGUAACAGCCGGAGCGAGGCCUCUCCUCCCCGGACUCCACGACGAGAUCGUCGUCUGGGAGAUCCUUCUCCGCCUGCCCCCCAAACACCUGCUCCGCUGCCGCGCCGUCUGCCGCGCCUGGCGCACAGUCACCUCCGCCCGCGACUUCCUCCUGGCACACCACGGACGCCAGCCAAGCCUCCCCAUCUUCUCCAGCGACGAAGCGUGGAUCCACGGCAUCCACCACCACAACAUGCUCGCCUUCGACCACCGGGACGACCAGCUCCACGCUGUCGCCAGGCUCGACGAGGCCUUCCUACCGUUGGACUCCUGCGAUGGCAUGCUCGUUCUCAUCAAUCUCGCCACGGUUGGCUCGAGCUCCUGCCUCUCCAUCUGCAACCCAGCCACGCGUCAGCAAGCUCUCCUCGGGCUACCACCGGACUUCAGCGUCACCGGGAUCCGCGCGCGGUGGCGGGGCAAGGUAGCACCUCCUAAACACCACAUUGGCUUCCAUGUCUUCGCAUUGGGCUCCGACCAGCCGCCGAGGUACAUCGGGUGGCCGCACACGUCGUUGGGGCUCUUCGGCGUGCCUGUCCGCAUGCGGGACAGCCUGCAUUGGUGCCCGGUGUAUUGUCCGAGUGAAGGAGACCAAUCGCUGCUGCAUGAACGCAAACUGGUAGUAUUCGACACCAUAUCCGAGUCGUUCCGGCGGAUGCAUGAGCCAAGUGGGGGUCACGGCACCCCAAAUCUCUUUGACAUGGAUGGCACUCUCGGCAUCUAUGCACGUAACAGUUCCAACGAAGCUAUUGAUAUAUGGGUGUUGGAGAGCUACGAAAGCGAGGUUUGGGAUUUGAAGUACCGAAUCAAAUUGCCGGUUGCCAAAAUCAGGAAGGAGUUUCAAGACUGUGGUGACUUUUGGGAAUGGGAUUUCGAUGCUGUUUCGGUGGAUGGUGGCGUGCUCUUGCUGGUCAUGGUUGAGGAGUGGCUGCUCCACAUCGACAGUGAUGGCAAAUUGGUUAACAGUUUCUAUCGUCGUUGCCGAGGUCUCUCUGUUUCUGAAUAUCGGCUCAAACAAAGUCUUGUUCAGCAUACCUUCUUUCCGGCUCUAGAAGGUUAUGCUGUAAAUGCUUCGCCUUUCAUCGGAUCUGUUUAG